GCGGCGUCGGGCCGGACCGAGCGGAUCGCGAAGUAGCCGCUGCAGCCACCGGCAUGGCCCAGCGGCGUCGCCGCCCCCGACGUACCAGCAGUCACCUCCGGGCCGGGCCAUUGGCAGGCAGACAGCAGUGGGCAGCUGGCAGGCUGUGAGGAGUGGUGGCACAUCUCCCGGUGUCUGUGCUCCUGACUCACCCAGCAGAAGGUGUGGCUGGGCUUCACGCUCCUGACUCCCAGCCCUCUGGCUCCAUCUGUUCCCGGUGGAUAAAUUGGAGGCUUGGCACGAUGGGGAUGCCCUGAGCUUCAGGCCUGGAUGUUGAUGCUUCUCUUCCUGGACGAUGUGGCUGAUACUCUGGAGACGUCCUCUUUUGUCCCCUGUUCUCCAAGUGCCUGAACUGGUGGCUGGCUGGGACCUGCGUCUCACCUUCUGGGUCCUGAGCUUCACCUCGGUGGUUGUGCAGAUGGAAGGCCAGGUCUACUCACCGACUGUCAACACGCACUAUGGGAAGUUACGAGGGGUGCGUGUGCCAUUGCCCAGCGAGAUCCUGGGGCCUGUGGACCAGUAUCUAGGGGUGCCUUAUGCUGCCCCCCCCAUUGGGGAGAAGAGGUUCAUGCCCCCUGAGCCACCACCAUCUUGGUCAGGCAUCAGGAAUGCUACCCACUUCUCGCCAGUCUGCCCCCAGAAUAUCCACAACGCUGUUCCUGAGAUCAUGCUGCCAAUCUGGUUUACCUCAAAUUUGGAUAUUGUGGCCACAUACAUCCAGGACCCCAAUGAGGACUGUCUGUACCUCAACAUCUACAUCCCUACAGAGGAUGGAGCCAGCGCUAAGAAACAGGGCGAGGACUUAGCGGAUAAUGACGGGGAUGAAGACGAAGACAUCCGGGACAGCGGGGCCAAGCCGGUGAUGGUGUAUAUCCAUGGUGGCUCCUACAUGGAGGGCACAGGGAACAUGAUAGAUGGCAGCGUCCUGGCCAGCUACGGGAACGUGAUUGUCAUCACCCUGAACUACCGCGUUGGAGUGCUCGGGUUCCUGAGCACAGGGGACCAGGCUGCCAAGGGCAAUUACGGGCUGCUCGACCAGAUCCAGGCACUGCGCUGGGUCAGUGAGAACAUCGCCUUCUUUGGGGGGGAUCCCUUGAGGAUCACUGUCUUUGGCUCUGGCAUUGGUGCUUCCUGCGUCAGUCUGCUCACCCUCUCCCACCACUCUGAAGGUCUUUUCCAGAGAGCCAUCAUACAGAGUGGCUCUGCACUCUCCAGCUGGGCUGUGAACUACCAGCCCGUGAAGUACACCAGCAUGCUGGCUGACAAGGUGGGCUGCAAUGUGCUGGACACAGUGGACAUGGUGGACUGCCUGCGGCAGAAGAGUGCCAAGGAGCUGGUGGAGCAAGACAUCCAGCCAGCUCGCUACCAUGUAGCCUUUGGGCCAGUCAUUGAUGGCGAUGUGAUCCCGGAUGACCCGGAGAUCCUAAUGGAGCAGGGCGAGUUCCUCAACUAUGAUAUCAUGCUGGGGGUCAACCAGGGUGAGGGGCUAAAGUUCGUGGAGGGAGUGGUGGACCCCGAGGAUGGUGUCUCAGGCAGUGACUUUGACUACUCAGUCUCCAACUUUGUAGACAAUCUGUAUGGCUACCCUGAAGGCAAGGACACUUUGCGGGAGACCAUCAAGUUCAUGUACACUGACUGGGCUGACAGAGACAACCCUGAGACACGUCGCAAGACUCUGGUGGCCCUCUUCACUGACCACCAGUGGGUUGAGCCAUCAGUAGUGACAGCUGACCUGCACGCCCGCUAUGGCUCCCCCACCUACUUUUACGCCUUCUACCACCACUGCCAGAGCCUGAUGAAGCCUGCAUGGUCCGACGCGGCCCAUGGGGAUGAGGUGCCUUACGUGUUUGGGAUCCCCAUGAUUGGCCCCACAGACCUCUUUCCCUGCAACUUUUCCAAGAACGAUGUCAUGCUUAGCGCUGUGGUGAUGACCUACUGGACCAACUUUGCCAAGACAGGGGACCCCAACAAGCCUGUCCCCCAGGACACCAAGUUCAUCCACACCAAGGCCAACCGAUUUGAAGAGGUGGCCUGGUCCAAGUACAACCCCCGUGACCAGCUGUACCUCCAUAUCGGGCUGAAACCACGAGUACGUGACCACUACCGGGCCACCAAGGUGGCUUUCUGGAAGCAUCUUGUCCCCCACCUGUACAAUCUGCAUGAUAUGUUCCAUUACACCUCUACCACCACCAAAGUGCCACCACCAGACACCACACAGAACUCCCACAUCACUCGCCGGCCCAAUGGCAAGAUUUGGACCACCAAGCGCCCUGCCAUCUCACCUGCCUACAAUAGUGAAAAUGGGAAAGAGAAGUGGAGCCCGGAGCAAGAGGCAGGCAUCCUGCUCGAAAGCCCCCGUGACUACUCCACUGAGCUGAGUGUCACCAUUGCUGUGGGCGCCUCUCUCCUCUUCCUCAAUGUGCUGGCCUUUGCCGCCCUUUACUACCGUAAGGACAAACGCCGUCAGGACACACAUCGGCAGCCCAGCCCCCAGCAUGGCACCACCAAUGAUAUCACCCACAUGCCCGAUGAGGAGAUGCCUUCCUUGCAGGUGAGCCAGGGGCACCAUGAGUGCGAGGCUCUGCCGCCCCAUGAUACCCUGCGUCUGGCUGCUCUGCCCGACUACACUCUCACCUUGCGCCGCUCUCCAGAUGACAUCCCGCUCAUGACACCCAACACCAUCACCAUGAUCCCCAACUCGCUGGUGGGGCUGCAGACCCUGCAUCCCUACAACACCUUCACUGCUGGUUUCAACAGCACGGGGCUCCCGCACUCACACUCCACCACAAGGGUAUAGCUGCCCGAUGCGGGCGCACACACAUGCACGCACGCACGCACACGCACGCAGCAGACACUGGCAGAGGGACCAGCAAGGCCAACGGAGCCCCCAGACAGAGGGGCAGUGCCCACAGAUGGUGUGGCACCAAGCCUGGAGACCUGUGGGGUCCUGGCACAGCUGGAUACCCUGCUGUCCCCCUGGGUGCUUUCUUUUGUCCCUAUCUAACUUUUGAGAAGUGCUUUGACUCUGCCGGCUCCUGGCUGGAAAGCCCCAUGUGUCAGUGGGGUGCAGGGGGGAUAUGGUGUAGCCCCUGUGCACAUGCAGCAAUGCAGGUGGGACCCUACUAUCAGUGGCCAUGGGUCUCCCCACACUGGGGCUGUGUCUCCCCAUGGGGUGAUCACAUCCUCAGUGCUCCAACCAAUGAGCACCCUGGAACUGACAAGGAGCAGGGCAAGGUAUCCCCCUUGGCUGAUACCCAGGCAUCCCCAGGCAGCUUGGCAUCUUGAGUGCCCUGGAAAAGGCUCCUUUGCUGUGUUGAGAAGUGGCCCCUGGCCAUGGUGCUAUAGGCAGAAGGAGUGGGCAAGGUCCAAGGACCCAGCCUCAUGCUGGGUGCAGGAACUGGGGCUGGUUGCAGGGCUCGGGGACCUUGGAGUCCCUGGGAGCAGGACCUCAGGCCAGAGACUUGGCACCUCUGCCCCUCUUCAUGCUGCAGAGAAUCUCUUUUGUGUCAGUCGUUUCUCUUUGCAGAGACGUUUUUUAAGCAGAUCUUUAGUUCUUUACACACUAACAGUUGCCGCGUUUUGUCCUUUGUAAAGAUUUUAAAACCAAGUGUUCUUGAUAUAAAAUAAAAAGCCAGUUAGAAGCCAGCGUGUGCGCGCGGUGCAGGCCCCCUGCAGCCCCCCCUGCCUGCCAUGGGCAGGCGACAGGCAGGGUACUGCCUCCUGUGCUGAGGGGGCACGCUCUUUUGUAUUUUUUAUAUUCUCCCUUCUCUGUUGCCCGUGUCCAUCUAUCUCAGCCAAAUAGCCUAACCGACCGCCUGCCUGCAAGCACCCCCACCCCAGUCCAAUCCACUGACACCACUGGCUAGUGCCAUCCACACACUGCCCUGCAUGGGCAUCACCCUCUGUGAACACCAUCUGUGUACCCCAUAAACCUAAAGGAAGCCUCUGGGCACCAUAUCCAAGUGCUCACCCUGCUCUGCUCACCCAGGAGCAUCCCAGGCCCCUUCACAACUGCCCCAGGGUCACACUGUGCCUUCCCUGCCUGCACGGCUGCCUGAAAGCAAAGCCAACGGUUUGCAACCUGCGGCAGGGGUGGGCAGUGCUCUGAGGCUGACAGGAGCAGGGUGAGCAGUGUCCCGACAGCGUCUGCCUCCCACCUCGCUCUCACUGGGGGUUUCCCCUGUCGCGCAGUGACUCCAGCACCGGCACUGGGGCGCGCAGCCGGGAUAGACGGCUUCACAUGGGCUGCUCGAGCAGAGCCGCUGGGGACGAUGUAGCCUGAAUGGGGCUGGGAGCACAUGCCUCGGGGCUGGGACACUUGCUGGGCUGCUGGCAGCCACUGAACCGCACACAGCUGCAGGUAGUGUGGCUCAAGGCGAGGGGCUUUGGUGAAGCCAGAUAUGGAGACGGAGCUGCCCGGUAACCCAUGAAGGGCACCCAAAUCUCAGCCCCCUACAAUGGGCGCUGGUACCCAGGUCCUGGGGAGGCAGGAGGACGGCACAGGUCCUUGUGGGAAUACUAUACCUCGUCCCUGUGCAAGACGGUCCGGCUGGCAGACGCUGCCAGCACUGGCGGCCGUGACGCGCCGGCUCCGGCUGGCCCUACUACCUGGGGCAGCACACAUCACCCCACCCCCCGGCCCUGCAUCCUGCCCGGGUCCCCACCCCCAGGCAGAGCUGGGGUGAGGAUGCUUGCUGGAGAAUGUAUUUAUACCCUGUCACCCACGCAGAGUAACAAAUUCCAAAUAAAACAAAAGUGA